UCUCCGAGAUUGUUUACUGGAACCUGUUCAGGGUGGGGAAGUUCAUAACAGGAAGAGGGCACAAAAUCUAGUUCUGCCCAAUGUCCCAUACAACUCCGACCUGGGUCAUUUCACAUUAUGUGAAAGACGUAUCGUUUGCAGGUCGCUGCUACUUUUCCACACUUGAAACACUAAAUUCAGCCUCCGUUCGAGUUUUGAGUUAGGAAAAACUGAACGGCAUGCCGGGAGUGGAGUGCGGGUCCGAUCAAGUGUGGGUGUGAGAGAAGAAGAAUGGCUCACAAUGUUAACUUCGACCUGAGUCACCCCGGAGUGGAAGCCGGACUGGAAAGCCCAGCAGACGAGGAAGUUGUUCAUGAUUCGUUCAGCCAGCUGAUUGAAGAAGAGAGUCAGAGGGAGGGGCUGCCUGAUGCCAUCGAGCUGCAGCAUCAGCAGAGGAAUCCAGAAGACGAGGGCCCAGACAAUGUGGCGUAUGAGGAUCGGGGACGGAGGAUGGGAAGUGAUGACACUGGAGAGGAGGAAGGUGAAAGACAAACGGACUCUCUGCUCAAAGAUCGCUGGUCGUCAGCCACCCUGAAGAUCCUCUCCUCCAUGCCGAGCCGCACCAUCGGCCGCAGCCAGGGGGCCAUCCUCUCUCAGUACUUCAACAGGACCACUGGGCUCCGGAAACGCACGCAGAAAAGGGCGUCCAUCAAAGACUUCUCUCGCUCCGCCAGACCCAGCAUACGGGGCUACGGCGUGGAGGUGGACACUACAGACUCAGCAGAGAAGAAGCAGGAGCGGCUGGUCAAAAACCUGCAGGACUUGUCGGCGGUUGACCGAGUGAGGAUGCUCAAAGAAAUGCCUCUGAAUUUGUCUGAGAAAAAAAGCCUCAGGAGGUUGACGUUGAAAAUGACCAAGCAAACACGUUCCAGCCGUAACCUUCGCUGCUGCAGUUAUCUGAAAUUUCACAUCAUUUUAGCCCUGAGGCACAGCUGGUACAGCUGUUUAUCCUUCCUGCACUCCCUGCAUCUGUGGCAAAUGCCGCUCAAGAGAGUCAGCGGGCGCUUCGGCUCCGGGGUCCUCUCCUACUUCCUGUUCCUCAAAACUCUCCUCUUCUUCAACGUGUUCCUUUUUCUGGUCCUGGGUUCGUUCUUGGUGGUUCCGCAGGCGGUGUACCCCCCGGAGCGGCUUGAAAACAGAACGUCCUUCACUGGACUGGAGCUCCUCACCGGAGGGGGCUACUUCUCUAACACCCUGCUGUACUACGGAUACUACAGCAACCACACACUGCCGAGCUGUUCCAAGAAUAACACCUCCAGUCCUCCAAGACCGGAGUGUGACUCAAAGUCCCUGUCCUACAACAUGCCGCUUGCAUAUUUCUUCACAAUCGGACUCUCCUUCUUCAUUACAUGCAUCAUCCUUGUGUACAGUAUGUCAAAGUCGUUUGGUCAGAGCUUCAGGAUCGACAAGUCCAACGGCAUGUUGGCCAUGAAGGUCUUCUGCUCGUGGGACUUUAAGGUCAUCAAGAAAAGCUCGGUCAAGCUGCUGUCUGAAAACAUCUGCACCCAGCUCAAGGAGCUGCUGGGAGAAGCACAUCACAGUCGCACCAGGAGUACAACCUUAGACAAGUUGAUCAAACUGAUGAUUCAUGGCCUGGGUUGGACUCUCUGCAUUGGGGCUACCGCUGGAUGCGUGGUCGGGAUUUACUACUUCUCAGAUUAUAUGCACAAAGAACAGCAGGAAAGUUGGCAACAUGAUUCCGGGGAUCCAGGGUUAUUAAAAGAAGCCAGCCUCUUGGCUCUGCCCGUCCUCGUCUCCUUCAUCAACUUGAUGUUACCGAUCCUCUUCCAGUUCACGGCCUGGAUGGAGAAGUACGAUUCUCCAUCUCUGCGCACGUUUGUUUCACUCAGUCGAAACUUGAUAUUGAAAGUGAGCGUGCUCGGAGUCCUCUGCUUCCAUUGGUUGAAACGGGUGGCUGGCAGCUCCAGUGAUAACAAGACAUUCAAGUGCUGGGAGAGUUUUGUCGGUCAGGAUCUUUAUCGCUUCCUGACCAUCGACUUCAUCUUCACUCUGCUGGCCACCCUGUUUGGAGAGCUGCUUUGGAGGCUAUUCUCUGACAAAGUGCUCAAGCGAAACAGAAGACCGGAGUUUGAUAUCGCCAAGAAUGUCCUGGACCUCAUCUAUGGACAGACGUUAGCCUGGUUGGGUCUUCUCUUCACUCCUCUCCUGCCUGCUGUGCAGAUCCUCAAGCUGCUGCUGCUCUUCUACAUUAAGAUGAGCAGUGUGAUGAUGAACUGCCAGCCCCCCAGCAGGCCGUACAGAGUCAGCCAGAUGACCACCAUCUUCAUCACCCUCCUGUGCUUCCCCUCCUUCCUCGGUGCCUCCGUCUGCGUCACAUACACCAUGUGGAGGCUCCCAUCCUCAGAGUCAUGCGGUCCUUUCCGUGGGAACAAAACCAUGAUCCAGGCGGGGAAACAAAGGAUUGUUGAGCUGGUUAAAGAAAACCCCAACUUGUACUUUCUGGCUCAAGCUCACACCUAUUUGGUGGAAAAUCCCUUUUUCCUGUUUGUGGGAGCAGCCAUCUUUCUCAUAGUCAUUUACUUCCAGAGUCAGGUGGUGGACGGCCAAAGGAAGAUCAUCGCUUUACUGCAGGAGCAGAUAGAAAAUGAGGGAGAAGACAAAAAGUUCCUAAUUACUCGGCUUCAGUCCAUCCAUGAGCGCAAACGGACUCCAGCGAGAAAUCUCACAAUUCAGGACUCUGCCUGUUAAGGCCGCUGAGCUUCUGGAAGAUGAACUUCCUCAAUUGUCUGAGGAAUCUUCAGCCGCUGGGUUUGUAACUGAGACAAAGACUUUCAUGAACUUCAUGCAGUGGCGGAAGAUCAAUUCAACGUUUUAUAUGGAGCAAACUAGCAGUACGAAACCCCUGGUAAAAUAAAUCAGAAGAAAACAUUUUAUAGAAAAGAGCUUGAUGCUUUAUCUGCACAUCGUUACUUCCGAAUAAGGUACAGACACGACAGACUUUUGUGUCAGAGGACUUUUUUUGAUCUGGAGGAUCUGGAUGUUGCUCAGUUAGCAACAUCCAGAUCAUUUUGUAUUUAUAGAAGAAAUAUUUCGAUUUCAUCUCCUUUUAAAGAAGCACUUUUUCUACCAACUGUGAACUAUUUUCUGUUCAUCAUCCAAAUAUUUCAUUAAUGUGUCAUUGGUCAACUUUGGGUUUUCUGGGAGUGUUGGUGUCAAUAGUUAUUUGUUGUUUCUUUUGUUUUUUUUCACUCUGCUUUUGUUAGUAAAUUACAUUUUACUACAUCGCUGUGUAUCUGUAUUUAUUUUUGCUUAAAUAGGUGAGCAGAAUACAGUUUAUGAAAAUACCUUUUUUUUAAAAACAAAACAAAACAAAGUAAUUGAUCCACAAGCAUACAAGUAGUUGUUACAAACAUGCAAAUAAAAAGUAGACUUGAUAUAGAAAUUUCCUAGAUUUGAGCAAUAAAAAAAUAAAUAGUACAGUGAACUGUAGGCACAAGAACAGAGUUAGAUUCUGUUUUUAUUAGUAAAUAAUUCCCAUAAAAUAAUUUUUUUACACGGAGAAAAAGCAGCAUAUUUAGUGAGCAGAGGAAUCCGUGCCAUUUCUGGCCCGCCUCGUUCCCCUGGCCACAGUAUACUGGGAAUGUCCACGUCAAACUGGGAAUGGUUUCCAGUCCGGUGGUUUCCCGUUAGAACCCCUCCGGCUGCUGAAGACGGCUGUCAUCGUUGUUUUACCUCCACAUGAGGGCAUGAAGUCCAGGUUAUUGCGUAUACUGGUGUCUCCCAAAUAAUCAAGAAUAUAAAUCCCUUUUUUCUUUCCCAAGAGUGAAACUCAUCUUCUGUAGAGGUAUCCCUCAGAGUGAUACAUUUCAAGCAUUCAUUUCUGUUAGUUUUCCUGAUUGCGGCUCACAGAUUUGAAAACCCAAGAUGAAUUUCUCUGAAAAUUUGAAUGAAGCAUGAGAUUAAUUAAAAAAAAAAAUUUU